UCUGACCUAAAUCAGAGGGUGUCUGCGCCAUGGGCUUAUUACACAGUGCGCUUAAACUUGUGUUGUGGAGGAGGAUGGGGUAUUAUUAUCUUCCAGCUACCCACCCUGCUAUAAAAACUAGUGGUGCGACAUCUCCACAGCGCAGUGCUGCUGCCCUCCCUCCCUUCUCCUUUCCUCUCACUCCCUCGCUCGUCCUACACGAGCCACACACAACAGUGAGCCUGACUCUAAACUCCACACUAGCCACGCUGCCUGCUUCACAGACAGACCCAAGAAUCACACUCUGCUCUUUGCCUCUGCUGCGCUGCUCUUGCAUCUCACCAUUGGAUAUUCCACCUUCCUUCCUUCCAUUCCUGGGUAUUUUCCUUUUUUUUAAUUAGUAUUGUUUUUUUUUAUUAUUAUUAUUAUCAAUUGUUCUUAUGAAUGGGCAGCUGUGGCCAGAGGUGAGGAGCUUGUGAAUGGACUGACUGCCCGGCGGACUGAUUGACAGACUGGAGAAAGGAGAGGGAGGCAGUCCUGUUUCAAUUAAAGAGGGCAAUGCUGAGAGGUCAAGCGAGGAGCCACGGAGCCUCCUAGUAGUCUGGAAAUAAAAAAAAAAAGACACCUCAGGAGAAAAAGUGAAGGCACGAUAAGAGACGAGAACACAGAGGAGGAUGGUCCAUCACAGAGAAGAGGACCUGAUUGGGAUCCCCUUCCCCAAUCACAGCAGCGACGUCCUCUGUAGCCUCAACGAGCAGCGUCGAGACGGUCUGCUCUGCGAUGUCAUCCUCAUCGUCCGUGACCAGGAGUACCGCACCCACCGCUCUGUUCUGGCCGCCUGCAGCCAGUACUUCAAGAAGCUCUUCACAGUGGCCUCCAAUGAUGGUGCAGACCACCAUCACACUGCGGCCGUGUACGAAAUUGACUUUGUGGCCCCCGACUCUCUCACUGCCAUCCUGGAAUUUGCCUACACUUCCACUCUGACCGUGACGGCGUCCAACGUCAAGGAGAUCCUGAACGCUGCUCAGAUGCUGGAGAUCCCGUGUAUCAUCAACGUUUGCCUGGAGAUCAUGGACAGUGGGGGUGGAGAAGGAGGAGGAGGAGGAGGAGGCAGUGGUGGAGGUAGGAGGGAGGAGGAGGGCGAAGAGGACGAGGAGGAGGAGGAGGAGGACGACGAGGAGGAAGAAGAGGAAGAGGAUGAAGAGGAGGGGUCCAGGAAGGAUGAGCAGGAUGAGGAGGACAAUCUCAGCGAGAGGUCGCUGCAGUCGUCCGAGAGCAGGGGGGAGCACACGCCUCCGGGGAGGGGGGAUUUUCAGCCUGCCAGCACCUCCACAUACCACCAGAAGUUUGAGCUGCACAGGGAGUCGCCACAGUCACAGUCUCCAGACAGCAUGAGAGGAAAACAGGAAAGUAUGGAGAGUCGUGCUCUGAAGGAUUUCUCCAUUGAGUCACUCCUCCAGGAAGGGCUGUAUCCCCGUACGUCAACACUGGAUCGGAGGGCCAACUUCUCUCCUCUCCUCCCAGGAUUCUACCCCUCUAUGUGGGCGGCUGAGUUCCCUGCUUUCCCACAGCAGCUCCUGGACCCCAGCCACCAUCAGCAUCCUCACACAGGGGCGUCGCUGCAAAGCAGGCUGCCCCAUGCUUUCUCCACCUCUGGCCCGCAUGAAGCCACAAGGCCUCUCGACCUAGCUGUAAAGAAAGAGAUCAUAAAGGAGGAGAUGAAAGAGGAGGCCCCCCCCAGUCUGCUCCACAGUGACUUCCUGAAGGAGUUUGUCAACUCCGGUCUAGGCAGCUCUAUGAAUGCUCGGUCAGUGCCGUCCGAAGGUCACGCUCUGGGUCAGAUUAAGGAUGAGGCGGACUUCCGCUCGUACCUGAGCUUCCUGAGCUCUGCAUCACACCUGGGGGCGCUCUUCCCUCCCUGGCAGCUGGAGGAGGAGAGGAAGAUGAAGCCCAAAGCGUCGCAGCAGUGUCCGAUCUGCAACAAGGUUAUCCAAGGAGCCGGGAAACUGCCACGGCACAUGAGGACGCACACGGGAGAGAAACCAUAUAUGUGCACUAUCUGUGAAGUACGGUUCACCAGACAAGACAAGCUUAAGAUCCACAUGAGGAAGCACACAGGCGAGCGUCCCUACAUCUGCCUCCACUGCAACUCCAAGUUUGUCCACAACUACGACCUGAAGAACCACCUGCGAAUCCACACAGGCGUGCGUCCAUACCAGUGCGAGCACUGCUACAAAAGCUUCACGCGGUCCGACCACUUGCAUCGACACAUCAAGAGGCAGAGCUGCCGGAUCUCGCGCCCCCGGCGCGGGCGAAAGCCGGCAGCCUGGCGCUCGACGCCCAACAGCAACUUUCUGUGUCCCCCGGCCGCUGCCACCAACCGGUUUGAGGAGAACGGGAUAAGCCCCGCGUACCAGGGAGUCAAGAGCCACGGACUUGGGGAGAUGCUUGGCCUCGGCAGUAGGAGUCUGGGAUAUAAGAGCGUGGAAGGUGCAAGCAGGGAGAGCAGGGAGGAGCGGCGAGCAGAGGGGAAGCAUGUCGCAGAGGAGGAGAAGACAGGAGAAGGGAGGCAGAGGGGAGUGUUUGCCUUCACUCUGGCUGGAGAAGAAGUGCUUACCCGCUCGCCAUUUUACACUGCGACCUCUGACCCGUGGACCAUGAGACUGGAGCGUGCUCCACCCAUCUCUGAGGCGGCCAAAUGAACUCUGGUCUGCAGGAGGCGACAAAAGACAAGAAAGACAAACUCUUAAAUCUGUGUCAGUUCUGCUCCACGAAGCUAAAGCACCUUUAAAAGAAAAAAGAAAGAACUUUUUGCAGCCUGCUGAUGUGGCAGUGAUAAAAUACUUUUCCCCCCCUCAGACAACAUAAACAAUUAAAACAAUUUGACAGAUGUCAUCGGUAGUUUCAGCCCCUGUGAAGUUUGACACUGCAAAUGUGGAAAACACGAUAUGUUAUUUGCAAAAUUGACCAAGAAGGCCGUCUAAAAUGGUAUUCAUUCAGAAAUUACCAUAUUUAUUUAAUGUUCUCUGAGGCAAAAUAAGGUAACGUAUUCAUAUGCAAGAAAAUGCCAUUUGAUACCAAAAACAGGACAUUUCCCUCUAGUGUUACUACGCAUAAUAACAUUUUCAUACAUCUUUUUAAAAACAAGCCUUUGAACAAAACACUUUUGAAUCAAGUUUCUGAUGCAUUUUGAAAGCAUUAAAAAUGAUUAGUUUGUAGCAGGGUGUUAUUUGGCACAUGUCCUGCAAGUGUUUGAUUCUAACAUGUUGUGUUUGCUGAUUCCAAAACAAGGAGAGAGACCCACUUGAAGUUUGAUUAAUCAGGAGGUUUGAUAACACGUCACUAUCCUUCCACUGCCUUGUUCUGAUUUAAGCUCCUCGUCUGCACUAUUGUACAUAGAGACAAACGUUUGGCCAUUGUGGUGUUAAUUAUGGUUCUAUUGCUGAUGAUGAAAAAAAAAAAAAGAACAGAAAAGAUAAAAGAACUCUGAGGCAUCCAUCCAAAGAUGUGUACUUUUCAUUUCACAGACUUGAAUAAAACUUUGUUUUAAUGUUUUAAUGUACAGUAUAUUUCUGAUUAAUCAAACUGCCGCUUUAGCUAUACAGUAUGCUUGUGUUUUUGUUUUCUCCUGCUGCAACAAAUCACGAGGGUGUCAGGCCCCUUUUUCAUAUAAUGUUCAUCUCUGAUUUGUGUAUAAAGAAGUUCAAAAAAAAAAAAUAUUUGAAUUAAAAUGGGAAAGUAUUUUCUUGCUAUUUAUGCAUAUUUAAAUGAAUGAGCCUUGGCUAUAUUUUGCAAAUCGUUUUAUAAAGACACUAAAUGUUCA